UCUGCAUCCCCCCCUCUAUGCUCCCGCCGAUAAUCCUAAUGUCUUUGCAAUUGCUCGUGUAUGAUCAAUAAAACAAACUAAUGUGAUAUCGCAAUAUUUUACUCUACCUGCAGGUUUCUCAAGAUGGAGAGCGUGGUUGUGGAAUAAAACAGUUUGCGACCAAAAAACACGAAAAACUUUUGCAUAAAACUUUUGAGGUUAUGAAAAUUGUUGCCGGCAAGAAACAAAAGCAAAUCGCAAAAAUGUUUACAAAUAUGUUCAGCUUAGAAAAACUACGUGGCCGUGAGAAUUUCGCUACCUGGAAGUUUAGCAUAAAAACUUAUUUGGAACAUGAGGAUCUAUGGCAGUGUGUGGAACCGAGUCCUGGCAAAAAUGUUGAUCCUGCCAAGGACGUGAAAGCAAAAGCCAAGCUGAUUCUCUUACUAGAGCUUCACAAUUAUGUGCAUGUUCAGGAUUGCCAUACCGCCAAGGAGACGUGGGACAGCCUUCAAAAAGCUUUUGAUGACAGCGGAUUAACCAGGAAAGUAGGCUUCUUGAAGGACUUGAUCACGACCACAUUGGACUCCAGCAACAAGAAGAGUACCUUAGCAAGAUUAUUAAUACCGCUCAUAAGCUGCGGAAUAUAAAUUUCAAUUGUUGACGAGUGGCUUGGCACGUUGAUGUUGGCUGGUCUUCCAGACAUGUAUAAUGAUGAUAAUGAGAUUUGAAAGUUCAGGUACAAAAAUCAGUGCUGACCUGGUAAAAACAAAGCUUCUCCAGGAAGUGAAGCUCACUGACUUCAGUACAGCAUUCUACUCAAACUUAGCCAAAGGUAAGCCGCCACAGAAACUGAAAGGACCGGGAUGCAAUAAGUAUGGGCACUACGCAAGGUUUUGUAAAAA